ACCAAAAUAAGUUGAUCAGUUGAGAGGUCAGUAACGUUUUUAAAAUAUAAUAUAUUCACGUUUACUUAUCGUUAAAUUUUUAUUUCCAAUACCUUCGAUUGUGUUCACGGCUAACUGACAAAAACAAUAGUUUUAUAUUUUAUGACCUCUAAAAGGGCCUAAAACAAUUGUCUCACCCUCGCCUUGCCAAGGUCAGGAAGGCGUAUAGUUUUUUAGGUCAGGUUAUUCCACCCAAUGCGAAUACGUAGCCAUACUAAAUUGGAUUCCAAUCGAUUAGCAAUUCCAAACGUCAAAAUGUGAAGGUGAAAUGUCCGGAGUUAAAUUAACAAAUCUCAGACUAGAACCUUAGCCUAUUCGCAGCUCUAUAUUUGCUAAACGAAAAACGUAUGCAGUUUAUGUCAAGGAAAGUCGAAUUUAAUUUUAAAAGUAGGUAUUUGAAAAUAUUAAUCAUUGCAACGUUCUUGUACAAAACAUUGUGCAUUUGAACACGCCUAUCAUAAAUGUUUAAAUAUGGAAUUUAAAUAAAGGAGGAAACAGUUCUUAAUUAAUUAAAAGGUUCUAUAUUUAAAAAUAGUAGCCCUGACAACGCAUAAGAAUGCAAAAUGUUAAAUUCCCGCGCAUUUUAAUACGUUUUUAAAGAUGGAAUUUAUAUUUAUGUCAAAUGUCUUUUAAAUUUAUAUUGCAGGUUCUAAAUUUAAAUAAGUGUAACGUUCUUAUGGAAAAGAUUUCAACUCGUUUACCGAUAAAUGUGAAAUAUAUUUAAAAAGUUUAAUUUAAUUUAAUUUAAAAAAGCUUGUGAAUAUUGCUUUGCCGCGCAAAUCAGCAUUUCCGAGGGAAAUUACGAGAAAUUACAAUUUAAUUUAGAAAGCAGGUUUUAUAUUUAAAAAGUGUAACCAUAGUAACGAAACUUUAGGCAUAUUUUAUGUAUUUUUGUACUAGUAUAUUAAGCGUAAAAAUAAUAAUAUUGUUAAGAAUUGUGUAGUAUACUUAUUUGUUUAGAAUUGUCAUGAUUAACUAAACAAUUAUGUGACAGUUAAGUAAGAAUGUAAUGUUAAAGAUCGUGUUUAUUUAAAUAUGUGAUUAAAGGGAUUUCUAGUGAAGUGAGUGAAAUGGUAAAAUCUAUUCAAGGAUAUAUGUAGCAAUUGUUGCAGGUGCGUUGCGCGGAUGCGGCGAGGCGGUGGCGGAGUGCGCAUGCGCGUCGGGUGAGGGGCGCGCGCGCCGUGCAUGUACGCGGCGGCGGGCGGCGCCUCGCUCGCGGGCAGAAAGGCGCGUCAACACGGCCGCCACCCCGCGCCGACUAGCCCGCACCCGCACAGCCCCGUACACCCGGCCCCGACCGGCGUCCGCGCCUACUCUUGCCAGCAUUGGGAAUCCCGCCUGCUCCCGCCGCCGCGUCCGCUAUCCGCCGCCGAGCCCUCGCAAUGCGAUCUCGUCGAGGUACAGCCGACAGUAUGUAUAAAGCAUCUUACAGUAGAAAGUAAGUACAAAAUCAAUAUGUGUUCUGAAGUGUUAAUUAAUGAAGUGCAGAAAGUGGGAAGGCCAUGAAACAACGACACAUAAGAAACAACGUACGGUGGCUGGCGAAGAAUCAAAGACUACGACUCGAUAUACGGAAUGAAACAUGACUGUUGAAAGGAACUAGUAAACGCCAAAUCGCGGUAGCUUCCAUUCGUCACCCUAACAUAUCGUAAAAUAUUAGUUUGUUAGUAUUUCGCCUUUUCUCGUGCCUCUCUCCAAUUCUAAAUUUAAUGAUAAUUCGUACUGUGAUUGACAAAGUGAUAUUGGUGUUUGUGUAAAUAGUAACGCUAGAACAUUAAACAUAAUAAGAAGUCAAAUAUCUGUGACGGCUCAAUAAAGGCACAAAACUGGCAAGUAUGCAGGCAGCUCUUAUGAUAAGAGCAAAAUCUAGGGAGCGAAGAAAACAACGAUUGAAGCGUGGUGUCAAAUAUGAAAUACCGAGCAACGUAGCAACGAAGUCUAUUGCACCUUUCCCGAGAUACCCACCUACUUCAUGGUGCGCCGCUGGGCGCGCGGCGUGGCAAGAGGCCGCGGCUCUCUCCGUUGGCGGCGGCGCAGGGGCCGCUGGGGGCGCAGCCCGGCGUUGCUCGGUGCUCGGGGACCACCCGGGGGCCCGGCGAGACCCCCGCGCCAAGUGGCACAGGAACAACCGGGUGCGCGAUGCGUCAUACGGGUCUUCUUCGGAAUCGGACGGCGACGAAGCAAACGGCGAGCCGUGGGGCGUCGCCCGGCUUCUGUACGCUGGACUUGCGACACUUGCAGUGGGCCUGGUUGUGUAUUUCGUUGGGACAGGCGACAAGCCUUCCCAGGGUUUCAAGACGCCAGCCUUGCGGCUGGUGGGUCCCUGUCUCAUCGUAGCAGGACUGGCCUGCUGCUUACUGCGUAUCAUGUUCUGUAUGUUCGCCAAGCCUUGCUGUCCGCGACGGAACAAUCACAAGGAGAACAGAAGACUGUCAGGUGGUGCAGAGGGAGAAGAGAUGCCUUUAGCUGGCGGAUGUCCCAGCACCCGAGCGGGGCCCGCGCAGUGUUCGCCCGCGAGGCGCCUCGACUCCUCGUGCGACGUGUCGAGCCUCUCCAGCGGCGAAGAGGACGAACGGCUGCGUCGAUAUCGCACCUCGAACCAGCCGCAACCACAGCCGCAGCCGCAGCCGCAGACUGUCAUAGUUCAACAGGCAAACCCUCCACGCACAGCAGCAUCUGCGUUGUCAAGCGCAAACGCAGGCAAACGUCCGCCCCCUCGCAAUGUGUCGUUCGCGGGCGGACCCGAUGGCGAGCUUGUACUAAGUCCCUCGCAACUACGCUCCUAACCAAAUAUACAGACUAUGGCCGAUCGCGGCCUCAGUGUGCUUAAUUACAAAUUACAUAAACUGUUCAGCGAAA